CCAAACCCUUGGCAGCUAAUCUCCAAUCUCCUCCGCCGGCAAAAAAAAAGUAAUAUUUCCUCAUAAAUUCCGCAAAUCUCGUAUUUGUAUUUAAAAUCGGUAAAUUAGAUUCGCUACAGAGCGUUGAAAUUUCAGUAUGGGAGUUUCAUUGUUCGACAAGGCGGAGCUAUGGAAGAGUUUACUGUUCUUGAAGGUCCAGCUCCGUGAUCGAUUCCGAAUCGCCGUCGACGAUCACCGUGGUAGAGCCGCGGUUUUAUAUAACGACGGUUACUUCUCUUCCUCUAUCCACCGCUUGGCUGCUCGAUUCCGAAACUUCCGAAAGGAGUCUCUCCCUUCUGCCCCCGCCUUCUAUCGCAGAAGAGUCUCUAAAGAUUUGACGGCAGAAGAAGAGUCUGCUCUAUUUCGGAUGCUUCAAGCUGUGGCUGUUCCACUUAUUGGGAACGCUUGUCAUGUUUUUAUGAAUGGUCUUAACCGUGUUCAGGUGUAUGGAUUAGAGAAAUUGCAUGAUGCUUUACUCAACAGACCAAAGAAUAAGCCUCUUGUAACGGUUAGCAAUCAUGUGGCAUCGUUGGAUGAUCCGUUUGUCAUUGCGUCGUUACUUCCGCCUAAGCUUCUUCUUGAUGCCCGUAAUUUGAGGUGGACGCUUUGUGCUACAGAUAGGUGUUUUAAGAACCCUGUGACUUCAGCUUUCUUUCGAUCUGUCAAAGUUUUGCCUGUUUCACGCGGUGAAGGAAUUUAUCAGCAGGGAAUGGACAUUGCGAUUUCGAAGUUGAAUAAUGGAGGAUGGGUUCACAUAUUUCCAGAAGGUACCCGCUCUCGAGAUGGUGGCAAGACUAUGGGCUCAGCAAAAAGAGGUAUUGGAAGGUUGAUUUUGGACGCAGAUACCCUCCCUAUGGUUGUUCCGUUUGUGCAUACUGGUAUGCAAGAUAUAAUGCCUAUAGGAGCCAGUGUUCCACGGAUUGGCAAAACAGUGACGGUGAUCAUUGGUGAUCCUAUUCCCUUUAAUGAUCUUUUGGACACUGAAAGAGCCAAACACGUUUCAAGGAAACAGUUGUAUGACGCUGUAUCUUCCAGGAUCGGACACAGACUACAUCAGUUAAAGCAACAGGUGGAUAAAGUAUCUCUGGAACAACAGGCCUUGAUGUCGCAAAACCCCAAAAUGUCAUCAGACCGUGCUGCUGAGAUCAUCCACACAUUAGAUUGGGACUCGUUUGGGAUGGGAGCACAAUUCCCAGAAGAAUCAUCAUCCCAUAAUAAACAAAUAUCCCAAACCGACGUCGUCUCCAAUCUUUUGGAUGGUCAAGCCCCGAAAAGGGGAGUGCCAUAUGAAGUAAGCAACAGCGUGAAGGUUAAGAGGUUUAUGGACUCUACAGAGAUCAUGGGGUUUGCAGCUAGAGGGUUGUUUCAGAAUCAGAACAAUCAGAAUCAAAACUUUGGUGAAAUCAGGCCUUUAAAGGCAUGGAGAGAGUAUUUCGAUGGCGAUCUUGUGAACCAUGGAUUACACAAACUCGAUUACACUUACUAGUUUGUAUUAGGAUCGUUAGUUUAGUUACACAAGCUCAGUUUUGAAUAACAUUAUAAUUUUAUAGAAACUAAUUCAUCUUCCCAUGGACAGACAAAGAGACACCGGUAGAAUUCACCGACGCAAAUAACGGCUGUGAUAUUUU